AUGGAUCGCCCAAAUAGAAGACAACAAUUAAAUAAAUUAAGACAAAAAGAAAUUUUGGAUGAGCUUCGGCAAAAGAGGAAUAAAUUGAAUGAAAAACGACAUAUAGAACCAGAAGAAGGAGACAUCGUUAACUCCAACACUUUAAUAAAAAGAGCUUCAGGCAAACGUCGUAAAGGUGAACCGGAAUCUUUGGGUGAUAAAGCUUGUCUUGUGCCUUCAGCCAAAGUAGAAGAAGGAAAAAGGUUAUCUAACCUCAUUCGGCAUUCGCGGGAAAUUGUAGAAUCUAUGAAUUGCCGAGAAGCAGGAUUUUAUACAAAAUAUUUCGCUGACGAUGACGAUGAGAUUAGUGAAAUAAGUUUAAUGUAUCCAGGAUGGGAAGGAUUAGAAUCAUUUGCACUUGCUACACUUUCCAGAAACAAAGACAAAGACAAUGAAUACCUUCCAAUGAAAGACUUGAAAUCUACAGUCAAUCUAAUAAUUGAUCACGUAUUAGCGGAUGAUAUUUCUGAAAUGUUUAAAACUUCUCUAAACAACAAAUCAGUACAACUUGCCAUAAACAAUUCAAUUAAAAACCGCCUGCUCGACGA